AUGCCGCAUCUCGAAACCACUCCAGCCAUGCCUACUAUAGUCCCUAAAUCGUCAUCGGGCGUUCCUCCUACCGCCGAGGAAGUUUCUUCCCUCUUACACACUAUAUUCAAUGCGGAAAAGUCGCAACAGUCGCUUGACGCCUCAUAUGCCCUGGCCAACCUCCUUAUUCAGAGUGUCGGCCCCUUUUCCUUCUAUACAUACAACUCCAUCCUUCCCGAGAUCAAAAAGGCUGCUCUCGACAAGAAAAAUGGCGCCAAACGUGAAAGUGCAAUGCUGAUUCUCGGUGCUCUGCUCGAACGUUUCCCUCCGGCCCACCCUCUCAGUGAAGUUAUUUUUCUACUCCAAGACGGUGGUGUUCUGGGCUUGGCCCUUGAUUCUCUAGCAGAUAAGGGCGCCGUCGUGCGCGACUCUGCCCAAUAUGCCAUCGACGCCUUGUACAUCGCCCUCAAGCCAGAAGCAAAGGUCAAUGCUCUACUUCCCGCCCUUUCCAGCUAUUUGAGCCGCGGAUCCGGUAAAUGGCAGGGUUUUGUCGGCGCUUACACUCUCAUCGAAAAGAUGGCCCUUGAGGCGCAGAUGGGUUCGGGUACCCAAGAGCAGGAGCGGGAGAAAGAUAUCCUCCGCGAGGCCAUGGGCAAGACCUUGAAGGAUCUCAUCCCCUUGGUUGAAUCUGGUAUGCACGAUCUGAAAAAUGAAGUCGUGAAGCGCGCCUGCAAGGCCAUGAACGCCCUCACCACUCUCCUGUCCAACGACGACGUGGAACCCCGCAUUCCCCUCCUCAUCAAGACCAUCGAACAGCCAUCUGAGCAAACUCUGCAGAAGGCUAUUCAUGCGUUGUCGCAGACUACAUUCGUUGCCAUCGUUACUUCUCCCGUUCUGGCCCUACUCACACCUCUAUUGGAGCGCUCGCUUAACGCACCUUCCACGCCUCAAGAGACACUGCGUCAGACCGUCGUUGUUGUAGAGAACUUGACAAAGCUGGUUCACGAUCCUGCUGAGGCUCGUACUUUCUUGCCUAAGCUCAAGCCUGGUGUCCAGGCCGUCAGGGACCGUGCUUCCCUUCCUGAGGUUCGAGAGCUUGCCACUCGCGCUAUGGAUGUCAUGGAAAAGGCCAUGAGCGACAAGGAUAUCGCCGCCGGCUCUAUUGCCAAGGUUACCCCCGACGAGGUCCUUGCCAUCCUUGACACCAAAAUCCAGGAGCAUGGCGGCCUGGCGCGUCCUGAUGCAGUCACCCUAUUCCAACUCGGUAAGACGUAUGUCGCCGAGAUGGUUCGUGAGGAUGUCAACUGCCGCAUGCAUGAUCGCAUCCCCAGAUGUAUCGGCCCUUAUUUGCGCGGUCUGCUUUCUGAGGAGGUCCACGACCAAGUUGCUGCCGCCGUUCAGGCCCACUACGUUGAAGAGGAUGAGCGCAAGUUUGGCAAGCCUAUCCCAGAUGACCCUAAUGAGGUUGAAAUCGUCAACGCCAACUUCUCGCUCGCUUAUGGUGGUAUGCUGCUACUGUCGCACACAAACCUGCGAUUGUUGAAGGGACACCGCUAUGGUCUUUGCGGGCGUAACGGUGCCGGAAAGUCAACGCUCAUGCGCAGCAUUGCCAACGACAAGCUCGAGGGUUUCCCACCCCCAGACGAGGUCCGAACCUGCUUUGUUGAGCAUAACCAGGGAGAGGACGCGGACCUCACCAUUUUCGAUUAUGUCAAGAAAGAUCCCAAGAUUGCUGCAGAGGGCGAUGAGCACAUUCGCAGCGUUUUGCUCGAAUUCGGCUUUACCGAUGGUCCCGAAGGCCGACAAUCGCAGGGAGUCGGCUCCCUGUCUGGUGGUUGGAAGAUGAAGCUGGCUCUGGCUCGCGCCAUGCUCCUGAAGGCCGAUGUGCUCCUUCUUGACGAACCUACUAACCAUCUGGAUGUUGCCAACGUCAAGUGGCUACAGGAAUAUCUCAAGCAGCAUACCGAUAUCACCAGUCUGAUCGUCAGUCACGACUCCAGUUUCUUGGAUGAAGUCUGUACAGACAUCUACCACUACGAACAGAAGAAGCUGGUUUGCUACAAGGGAAACCUGGCCGAUUUUGUCAAGGUCAAGCCUGAAGGAAAGAGUUACUAUACCCUGUCGGCGUCCAACGUUCAAUUCAAGUUCCCGCCCCCUGGUAUUCUUUCCGGUAUCAAGUCCAACACCCGUUCGAUUUUGCGCAUGACCAACUGCUCCUACACCUAUCCAGGGGCCAGCAAGGCGUCACUGUCUGAUGCAUCCUUGUCGCUUACUUUGUCGUCUCGUGUUGCUAUCAUCGGCGGAAACGGUGCGGGUAAAUCUACUUUCAUCAAGAUGUUGACUGGUGAAACCAUUCCCCAAACCGGAAAGGUAGAGAAGCACCCCAACCUGCGUAUCGGCUACAUCAAGCAGCACGCCUUGGAGCACGUCGAGAUGCACUUGGAAAAAACCCCUAGCCAGUACUUGCAGUGGCGUUACGCCAACGGAGAUGAUCGUGAAGUGUUCCUCAAGCAGACCCGUAUUCUCACGGAUGAGGACAAGGCACAGUUAGAGAAGCCAGUUGACCUUGGCGACGGCCGUGGACCUCGCCGCAUUGAAACAUUGAUCGGUCGCCAGAAGUGGAAGAAGUCGUUCCAAUAUGAAGUUAAAUGGGUUGGUCUUCUCCCAAAGCACAACACCAUGAUCUCUCGCGAAACCCUCCUUGAGCUUGGUUUCUUCAAGAUGGUGCAAGAGUUUGAUGACCACGAGGCUUCUCGUGAGGGUCUUGGUUUCCGUGUUUUGGAACCCAAGAUCAUCGCUAAGCACUUUGAGGACGUCGGUCUAGACCCCGAGAUCGCCAACCACAACGAAAUCUCUGGCCUUUCCGGUGGACAGAAGGUCAAGGUUGUCCUCGCCGGAGCCAUGUGGAACAACCCCCACUUACUCGUGCUGGACGAACCCACUAACUUCUUGGAUCGUGACUCGCUUGGUGGUCUCGCCGUCGCUAUUCGCGACUUCAAGGGUGGUGUUGUUAUGAUUUCUCACAAUGAAGAAUUCGUCGGAGCUCUGUGCCCAGAACAACUGCACAUUGCUGAUGGUCGGAUCGUCGCUCGCACCAACGCUGCCAUUUCUCUGGACCGCUUUGAGGACAGCGCCUCUUCCACUCCACAGCCCGGUAGCACUGCAGCCAGUUCCCUGGCCAACAGCGCCGCCGCUUCAGCGGUCAACUCCGGCGCCGAGGACCAAGGCGAACUCAAGUUCAAGGCGAGAAAGAAGAAGAAGAUGACUCGUGCGCAGCUGAAGGAGCGUGAAGCUCGCCGCCGUCUUCGUCACAUCGAAUGGCUCAACAGUCCCAAGGGAACUCCCAAGCCGGCCGAUACCGACGAUGAGGCUGAUUAA